CAUGUGAUUCUUUUGGAAAGUGGGAAAUUUCAGCGGUUUUUCAAAAUCUGUGAAAUUCAUCCUCAGACGAACAUCCAGAGUUCACGGUACAGGCUCAGAACUGAUCGACUUCUCUCUGGAUUUAGAUGUUUGACCUUGGCUUCAAACACUUUGUGGGAGUGGAUGGCAGUAAGGGCAUACUGGAACAAGCUGCUAAGAGUGGCCUUUAUCGGGAGCUCAAACUGGCCUUACUGGGAGCAGACCCACUGCCUGCACAGACUGGUGAGUUUGAUGUGGUGAUCAUUGUUGGUGCUUUACGUGAUGGUUUCGUGCCGGUCAGCGCUAUCCGGGAGCUCUGCAAAGCUACUAAACCAGGGGGCUACGUCUGCAUGUCCAGAGUGGACCCAAAGUGCGAGUCUGGAAACAAAUACAAAACAUCUAUGGAGCGUGAACUGCAGCUGAUGGUGGAGGAGGGCCUGUGGAGCCCUGUGGAUACCAAAGAGAUGCACAGAUACAUGAUGGAUGUUUAUAAUCAUAAAAGCAAGGAUGAGAAAAAGGAGGAAUUCCUCCAUGGAACCAUGUACCUGUACAGGAAGUCUCUUAAUAAGCUGUAAAAUUAGGAUUGGAGCCAAAAAUGUGAACUUAAAGGGUACAUAUUUGUCGAGCUUGUGCUGGAGUUAGCGUUACAGUACAGGGUGCUUUGAAUGGUUAUUGUUGUUUGUUGGUGAUGCAUAUAAAUUAAAGUGAAUUGAGUCAGAAGUCCAAGUCAAGUCCUUCUAAAUUCAAACCUCACCACUGGCAGCCAUCAUGAAAGCGUUAUCU